UACGCACUUCCCCACUCUCCCUACAUUUUCUCCUCCCUCUCUAGCAUGUCCGUGUUCUUGCCCUUUCCAUAAUUUGUGUCUCUCACCAAGUACUCUCUCAGCUCCUGUGUCCUCCCUUGCUUGGGCUUAACAAUUAUGGUGUCGUUCGUGGAAGGAAGAUGUUUGGGAGUUUGACAAAAUGUUUGUUUUUGGUGGGUUUUGGCUUCUUUUUGCCUUUUCUGCUUUACUUUCUCUAAUCAACUUUCCUUGAGACUCUUUGCUUUACCCAACUACAGAGCUCUUCAUUUUCAUGUUUAUCAAUAUUUAUAACCAAGAAAUACAAAAAGGGUCUCCUCCGUUUCUUUCCAUCUUUUCUGGGGCAUCUUCUGUCUCUGACACCGCGCUGCUUCUCAUUUUUGUUCCAGCCAAAUGAAGGCUUCUAACUGUGCUUCUGCACCACCAGAUCCUAAGAAAGGAUCAUGCCUCUGCAGUCUCCUCAUUGCAGUUUCUAUGAUAUGUAGCAUUUACUUUGUUGGUUCUGCAUUUGUUGGGAAGCAGUACAAGGAAAGACUGAAUGCAUGGAAAUUGAUUGAGGCGGUGCAGAAAUCUGAUGAAUGCAAGGAUCGUUGCAGGCCUUCUGGAAGUGUGUCAUUGCCUCAAGGCAUAGUUAACGAGAAAUCUAACUAUAAAAUGCAGCCUUUAUGGGGCUCUUCAUUGAACGAUGACAAUCCACAACCUUUAGCGAGCUUGCUAGCAAUUGCAGUUGGAAUAAAGCAAAAGGAAAUAGUGGACCGAAUUAUUACAAAGUUUCCUUUAAGUGAUUUUGUUGUGAUGCUUUUUCAUUAUGAUGGUGUUGUGGACAAAUGGAGAGAUUUAUCAUGGAGUGACAGUGCCAUCCAUGUAUCUGCAGUAAAUCAAACAAAAUGGUGGUUUGCUAAGCGUUUCCUGCAUCCUGAUAUAGUUGCUGAAUACAAUUAUAUAUUUCUUUGGGAUGAAGACCUUGGAGUUGAGAAUUUUAAUCCAAGACGAUAUCUGUCAAUUGUUAAAGAGGAGGGACUAGAAGUAUCACAGCCAGCACUUGAUCCUGCUAGAUCUACCAUUCAUAAUCCAAUUACUACACGUACAAGGAACUCCAGGGCGCAUAGGAAAAUAUUGAAGCUCAAAGGCAACAGAAGGUGUUAUAACAAUAGCACUUUACCUCCGUGCACAGGAUGGGUGGAAAUGAUGGCACCUGUCUUCUCAAAGGCAGCUUGGCGAUGUACAUGGUACAUGAUCCAGAAUGACUUGAUUCAUGCGUGGGGCCUGGAUAGAAAACUUGGUCAUUGUGCACAAGGUGACUGGACAAAAAAUGUUGGCGUGGUUGAUGCUGAGUAUGUAGUUCAUCUUGGUCUUUCGACCCUUGGCGUCUUUAAUGGAAGUGAGGUACUACUGUCCGAGUCUGAGGAAGUUGAUAGAAGACCCCAAGUGAGGACACAAUCAUAUGUUGAGAUGAAUAUCUUCCACAAGAGAUGGGAAGAUGCGGUGAAUGAGGACAGAUGCUGGGUUGAUCCAUAUCAACAGUUCGCCAACCAAACCAGAUACUGAACUGUGUUUAUCAAGUGAAUGUUAAUGCUGACACAUUUUCUUGGGGAUGCAAGAAGAUCUCUAAACAGCCAAGUCUCAGGCGUGAUCGAUGAUCGGAUCGGAAGAAACGGGGUGAAUGUUUCGCAAGCCAGCAUUGAAAGAGAUUAUUGCAACGUUAUGAUUCUUUGGUCUGUAUCUUCCCCAGCUAAAAAAGGAAUGGGUGAUACACCCAUUGUGUCAGUAGUGGUUUCCAUAGAUAGGGGUCUGAUUCCUUAAAUGGUGUAAAUACUAUUGGGUUUGGAGACUCUUACAGAUUUGGUUUUGAAAGGAGUGGUUCUGGACACCUUUCUUGAUGUAUCUUGAGAAUAAUUUUUGAUUUAUUGAAAUCUGUCUUCUUAUUAU